CCCCUCUCCCCACCCCUCCGCGCCCCCUCCGGGACGGGCACCGGCGCUUCUCCGCCGCCUCGCCGGCCGCAGCAGAACUGUGAGGCAGAGUUUGGUAUGGUACCAUGGAAGGGCAGCAUAACCAUCCACAUCAUCUAGGGGACCAGAAUAACCCUCUUUGCAAGCUGCCGGGGCAGGAAUACCAGCAUGAUCCUCAGAGACAUUUAACGUCAUACCCAUAUCGCUGCACAUUGGCAGAUUUUCAGAUAGAGAAAAAGAUUGGACGAGGACAAUUCAGCGAAGUUUACAAAGCAACUUGUCUUCUGGACAGAAAACCUGUGGCAUUAAAGAAAGUUCAGAUUUUUGAAAUGAUGGAUGCCAAGGCUAGGCAAGAUUGCAUUAAAGAAAUUGACCUCUUGAAGCAACUGAACCACCCCAAUAUAAUUAAGUAUUUGGAUUCUUUUAUUGAAGACAAUGAACUUAACAUUGUCCUGGAACUGGCCGACGCUGGUGAUCUCUCUCAGAUGAUUAAGUAUUUUAAAAAGCAGAAACGGUUAAUCCCGGAAAGGACGGUGUGGAAAUAUUUUGUGCAGUUAUGCAGUGCAGUUGAACACAUGCACUCCCGCAGGGUGAUGCACAGAGACAUAAAACCAGCCAACGUGUUUAUAACAGCCACAGGGGUGGUGAAGCUGGGAGAUCUUGGAUUAGGCCGUUUUUUUAGUUCUAAAACCACUGCAGCACAUUCCUUAGUGGGAACUCCAUACUAUAUGUCCCCAGAAAGAAUACAUGAAAACGGCUAUAACUUUAAAUCUGAUAUCUGGUCUUUGGGCUGUUUAUUGUAUGAGAUGGCAGCUCUUCAGAGUCCUUUCUAUGGAGAUAAAAUGAACCUGUUUUCUCUUUGCCAAAAAAUAGAGCAAUGUGACUACCCACCUCUUCCAGCUGAACAUUAUUCUGAAAAGCUGCGGGAGCUGGUCAGCAUGUGCAUAUACCCUGAUCCAGAUCAAAGACCUGACAUUGGUUACGUGCACCAAAUAGCAAAACAAAUGCAUGUUUGGACCUCCAGCACAUGAACCAUCUGCAGACGCUCUCAAGGAGCCAGCGCAGCUCAGUCUUACUUGAAUUUUUUUUCUCAGAUGAAACCGACUGGUGCCUAGUCACACAAGUGAGAGGGUUGAGCACUCGUAGCAAGAUGCUCCAUUAUUUCUGCAGGUUAUUUGACAAGGACUCUGACAAGGUGGUCAUGCUUUAAAGUGAAGAUUCUGUGAGGUAUUGCAAGUGAU